CUAACUCAACAUGAAGGCCAUCACAAAUCUCUCUCUCAUCUCAACUCAACUUUGAAGCUCAACAACAAUAAUGUCUGGACGUGGAAAAGGAGGCAAAGCUCGUGCAAAGUCUAAGACUCGAUCUGCCAGAGCUGGACUGCAGUUCCCUGUUGGACGUGUUCACAGACUUCUCAGGAAUGGUAACUAUGCCGAGAGAAUUGGAGCUGGUGCACCUGUCUAUCUCGCUGCUGUUAUGGAGUACUUGGCUGCUGAGAUCCUUGAGCUGGCUGGAAAUGCUGCCCGUGACAACAAGAAACAGAGAAUCAAUCCGAGACAUCUUCAGUUGGCCAUCAGGAAUGAUGAAGAACUGAACAAACUCUUGGCUGGAGUGACUAUUGCUCAGGGUGGUGUCCUCCCUAACAUCCAAGCUGUUCUAUUGCCCAAGAAGUCCAAGGAGGGUGGCAAGAAGAGUUCUCAGAGUGUGGAGUACUGAACACUUAAUUUCAUUCAAACGGCUUUUCUAAAAGCCACCACAUAAUUAAAAGAAUCACUUCAGUUAAUAUUUUUAACCAUUCUAUGUACGUUUUUUCCUUAUUUAUAAUCUGUAUCUAUGGUUUUGUAGUCUUCAAUCAUAUGCUUCUUUACAAUGAUAAUAAUAACAACAUGGUAUUCAGUAAAAAAAAAUACGUUAGCAUUCACUUUGAAA